GGGCGGAGCCCCGGGCGGUGAUGUCACUUUGGGGAUUCCCAGCCUGAUGACUUCUAGGGCGGGUGUGGGGGAGAUCAGUGAUGGAGCGGAGCGGGUAUCCCCCCCCCCCCCCAGAAUCUGCGACCACCGCCCGGGGAACAGGUCUCUCUACUGUAAGUGCGGCCACAUCCUGAGGAGGGCGCUACAGAGCCUGUGCGGACACCGAUACUCACUAGAGAUCAGCGGUGACACACUUGUCUGUCAGGAUCACCAGCUCGCCAUGAUUCGUGGUCCCGCGGGCUGCGGUCGGUCGGAUCAGAGGAGGGAUCUGGCUGAUCACCUGGAUGGUGACUGCUCCGUGUGUCCCGGCUGCUCCCAGACGAUCUCCAGAAACCAGAGUCAGAAACACAACUGUGAAAAAACCAUCUGCAAGGAUCCGACUAAAGGCAAAAACCACCAGGGCGGCGCCAUGGACUGUCCAUACACUUCUCUGGGCUGCACCUACAGGGGGAGCAGAGAUAAGAUGAAGGAACAUGAGAAGUCGGCGGCAGCGUUUCACCUCUCAUUGGUUUUGACGAUUUUACGACAAAUCCAGAGCGGUCGCCCUGCUGCUGCGGUGACAGAGAACGGAUUUGGUGCUUACAAUGGGGACGUCAUAAAAUUACCGUCUAUUCUCCAUAAUGGGGAGUCAGUGUACGAGGAGAUCGCCGCCGAUUGCGGACACCAUUAUGGCGCUAUGAUGACCUCAGACCUGACCUCAAGGAUCUGUGCGCUGGAAAACCGGAUACAAGUGACUGAAAACAUCAUCACCGUAAUGAACCGGGAGAUCGACUCCUACAGCGCCAAACUGACCGCCGCGCAGGAGCAGAUCGACCAGGAACAUCGCAAGGUCCGGGCCUGUGAGGCAAAG